CAGCGUACCCUGAGCCAAUCUUCAAGGACGACAUUGGCGAACUGUGGUUCCGGCAAGAUGCUAAGUUUCGUCUACCGCUCGCCCUUAUGUACUUCCACAUAAUAUCACCUCUAACAUUCAAUGACCCUCGCAGUUCAGCGCUGACCGGAUUUUUCGUCUCGAUGAUUAAAUUUCAAAUCGCUGAGGAUCUGUAUCCGGCCGAGGUAGCCGGAUUGAACUAUGAACUGUACUCGGCCGAGAAGGGUUUACUGCUUAAGGUGGAUGGUUACAGCGAGAAGCUUCCCAUCAUCGUGGAUGAAAUCACUGCCGCCAUGGGCCGCUUCUCGGAAAAGGUCAACGAAGGUGUGUUCGAAGUAAUCAAGGUGAAGCAUUUUUUGCCGGCGUAA